AAUGACUUCCUGUGCACAGUUCUGAGCUGAGGGAGCAAUACACGCCAUCAUCAUUAGAAAGCCAGGAUACUGCACCCAUUUCAUCUCAUCGAAGGUUCCUCAACAUUUCUGCUCAAGUCAAAGAGACCUCUACGUCAACAUCAGAAACCCGUCAAAUCCCUGUGCCCUCUGACCAAGGAGUUUGAUCAACAAUGGCUGCUCUAAACCGCAUUAUCAUCGACACCGAUCCUGGCGUUGACGAUGUUCUGGCUAUGCUCCUUGCUUUCGCGGCAAAGCCCGAAGAACUUGACAUUCUUCUUAUAUCCGUAACUUAUGGAAAUGUCGAAGUUCAGAGUUGUUUGCGGAAUGUUGUUGCCCUUUUCCAUGUGAUUGAUAAAGAACGAGAGUGGCGAAAAGCUCGUGGCCAACUCGAGGGCUUCGAGGCUAUGUUGUCUUCAAAGCCUAUUGUGGCGGUUGGCGCUGAUCACCCUUUGGAAGAUGAGAUCUUGAUGGCCGAUUACUUCCAUGGCAUCGAUGGUUUGGCGGGCGUUCACAUAUCGCACCCUCAUCUCUCGCCGUCUGAUGCUUGGAAGACAUUAUUCCAGCCACCUACAGCUAAGGCCAGUGCCGAGGAAGUGGCAGAAGCGCAAGAACUUGCGGCUCUCACGACGUCUUUCAGAGCUUCCCAGGUCCCCGCACAUAAGGAAAUGCUUCGACUUCUCAAAGAAAACCCUCGAGAUUCGAUCACCAUCGUUUGUGUCGGCCCACUUACGAAUUUGGCAUUAGCUGCGGCAGAAGAUCCUGAGACAUUCCUCAAAGUCAAGGAGGUAGUCGUGAUGGGAGGUGCUAUUGAUGUGGAGGGUAACAUUACCCCUGUUGCUGAGUUCAACACCUACGCCGAUGCUGUUGCAACAGCAAGGGUUUUUGCGUUAACUUCGCCCAACCCCUCUUCAACAUUCCCUCCAUUGCCGUUGAAAUUAUCGACUCUCGCACCCUACCCUCGCCAACUGUCAAGGCCGCUCAAGCUAACCCUGUUUCCCCUCGAUGUCACAACUCCUCACACCCUUCAAAGAUCUCAUGUUUCAGCGAAGCUUGACCCACUAAUCAAAGCUGGAUCUCCUUUGGCGGAAUGGACUUCUGCAUUUGUGCACAAGACACUUGACAAGAUGGAGUCUCUCACCAGGAAGCAAGCAGACAUUGGACUAGAGUUGCAUGAUCCUUUGCCAAUUUGGUACAUGCUCACUCGAUCAGCUCCAUCCUGGAUGCUCGCUCCCAAGGCCCCUGAAGAUAUAAGAGUUGAGACCGCUGGUCAAUGGACAAGGGGAAUGCAUAUCAUCGAUCGUCGAAAUAGGAAGAAGGGGGGAGUCUCACAGCAAGUCAAGAGCCCUGGCGCUGUUGACAUUUCGAACCCGAUGGAGAACCUCACUAUUGCAAAGGCUGAGGAUGAGGGUGAUGCCCCAGGAGACAACGGUGGUUGGCUUAGUCUGGCGAAAGGCAACAGGAUCAAUCGGAUUAUCUCGAGCCCCGGCGAGGCUGAAUUUGGACCAUAUCUAUUGGAACGAGUAUUUGGUUAGAUAUGUAGGGUUUUUUUUGGACGUUGGCAUGCACCCUUUUUGAUCAGCACACGAACAGCUAAGCUCAGAAGUAUAGAAUAAAAACGACAUAUUCCAAUAACUAGUAAUUGUCUACUGAAUACCAA